AGAUACCCUUUUCAUUUGGGGUCACAGUAUAAGAUUUAUGUGCUAAUAUGUUUACCACAUAUACACAUAAAAUCCCUUUUUUACAUAAAUAAUCUCACUUACUAGUAGGUCAUGGGUGACAUGCAAGUGAGGUGAAUUGGAGACACAAAAUUGUCCAUGACUGUUUGACUUUAAACGUGGGAACUGAUGGAUCUCGUGUGUAAUGAGUAACUACUGUUCCUGUCGUGAAUGUAACCAAAGUGUAAAACAUGACGUUAAAAUCCUAAUAAACAAACAAACUAGCAGGCCAUGAUCUGAUUUAUUUGAAUGUUUUAAUUCUUCAAGUCUGCAGACCUUUAUUUUGUUUCGAUUUCUCAUAAACAACAAUGUUUCUGUAAUCGUGGCUGAUAUUUAUGGCCGAUUAGAAGCUACAUAUUUUUCAGAGGUGGAGACGGAUGCCAGAAAGCCAAGGGAUGGUGAGAGGGCUUAGCUUGGUGAUGGGUUCACAUCCAGGCCUUCGCCCCGAAAUCCAUAAACCCCAAGCCCUAACAGUCACCCCAAACCCUGUGUGUGUGCCUCAAUCUUCCUGCUUAACCAAUUGGUGUUUCUUUUUUGCAGCGUUAUGAUCCUGGCCAUGUUGUGCUGAUGGUAAACUUAGUGGACGGACCGACCCUGUGCCCCUCAGCCUCAAAUAUGAUGUCAUGGGCAUGGGACGCAUGGAGAUGGAGCUGGACUACGCCGAUGAUGCAACAGAGAAACGGCGAGUAUUGGAGGUGGAGAAAGAGAACACAGAGGAACUGCAGCAAAAAUACAAGGAUUUCGCAGAGAAGGAGAAGGCCAUCGCAAAGGCUUUGGAAGACCUGAGAGCGAACUUCUACUGCGAGCUAUGUGAUAAGCAGUAUCAGAAACACCAAGAGUUUGACAAUCACAUCAACUCUUAUGACCAUGCACACAAACAGAGGCUGAAGGAGCUGAAGCAGAGGGAGUUUGCCAGAAAUGUGUCCUCACGUUCCCGCAAGGAUGGGAAGAAGCAGGAAAAGAUGCUGCGGCGUCUGCAUGAGCUGGCAGAACAGAGAAAGCAGGCAGAGUGCGUUCCUGGUAGUGGCCCAAUGUUCAAGCAGACCACAGUAGCAGUUGAUGGAGAAGAAGGCGGUUUCUCAAGCAUUGAUGGUGUUCCUAUGAGCAUGGACAGUAUGAAUGAGGAAUCGUCCGGGGAAGAGAAAAGUAGCUGUGCUAGUGUUGGUCAAAGCUCCCCAAAACCCGGACCUACCAUCAGCUUCUCCCUUCGCAAAAACACGGCCUCUCCGACACCUAGUGCUGGAUCCCAGACUCCCAAAGUAAGUGUUUCCUUUUCCUUUGCCAAGAAAGCACCUGCUAAACUGGAGACGGCUGCUGCCGUAUUCGCUGACCCCGGUGAGGAAGUGGUCGAUGAGGAGGAAGGGGAGGAAGAGACAAUGGAAGAGAAAGCUGCUGGAGAAGGAGGUACAACGUCCAGCACAGAAAGCCCACGGAGUGUCACAGGGGGCGCAUCUGGAGGGGAAGAGCAACCGCAGGCUGAUGACGGGGGAACUUUGGCCAACACCCUUAACAAAUUAAAGAUGAUGAUGAAGGAGGAAGGUUACUCUGGGCAGGAACCACAAUAUUAUCACUACAUGCCUCCGGCACACUGCAGGGUCAAGCCUCAUUUCCAGUUUCUUCUGUUCAUGAAGGCCUCUGACCAGUGUGGCAGCCAGGAGGAGGAUGAGAACGGGGAGGAAGAACAGAAGGCCGAGGAGAAAGAUGAAGGCCAAAAAGAGUCCAAAGACGAUACCUGCAAAUCAGAUAAGGACACAGUCAACGAGUCUGUGAAGGAACAGGGUACAAAUUCAGCCUCCUCACCUGAGGUAAAGACAGACGACGUAUUAGAAAGCACAUCAGCGGUAGUGGAGAAUGCUGUAGCAGAUUCCUUAGGUACCACUUCUCAACCCAGUGAAGCUAAGCAAGCAGAAUCUGAACCUCUGGACACUGGGCCACACCUGCCGACAGGGCCUUUCUUCCCUGUUCUGAGUAAAGAUGAAAGCACUACGUUACAGUGGCCCUCCGAGCUUCUCGAUUUCACCAAGGCUCGACCUUCUCUGUCCUACAGUUGCAAUCCUCUUUACUUCGACUUUAAGUCGUCCCGGAAUAAAAGCAACCGUGGAGGAAAAGCCAACAAACCCGCCAAGCCAGCCGACGCAGAGGGUUCCAAGACGAAAGACACGAGUGGAGAGGCUAGUACAUCACUACCACCUGUUGUUAACACUGACAAAAAAGAAGACUUGUCCCUAAAAGAAAAAAAAGCAGAAGAUGAGAAGGAUAAGAAGAUAGAAAAUGCUGAAGAUGGAGCAACAGGAUCCAAGAAAAAGAAAAAGAAGAAAAAACACAAGAAGUCGAGCAAGAGGUCCAAAAAGAAAGAAAAAGAGAAAGCAGCCGUGGAGGGGGAGGCCGAGGCCGAGGCAGAGAUGCCGGGGGAGAAGACCAAAAAGAAAAAGAAACACAAGAGAAAGAAAAACAAAAAUAAAGUUCAUACUGAGGAAGAUAAAAAGGCAGGAGAGAAUAAAGAACAGAAGGACAAGGAUGACAAAAGUGGAGCCAGUGCCCCUGCAGAAGGGACGUUGGCUUCAGAGGGAGGAAGGCGCAAACGUGUUUAUAAUGAAGUUUCACAAAAGACCGACGAGGGGAGCGCCGGCAAGUCCAAAACUUUGGAAGAGCACAAUGGUACGAAACGUGUCAAAUCUGACCCCGGCACAUCUGCCACAUCCUGCUCUGCCUCUGCCCAGAAGAGCCCUGGAGGAGGUCGACGCCCCAGCAGUGAAAGUGAGGAGGACGGUGGCUCUUCCUCUCAGCGAUCACGGCGUCCCCACCGCCGCUCUACAUCACCACGUGAACGACGCCACCACAGCAAGGACUCCAGACAGUCAGGACGCUCACAUAGUCGUUCCUCUCGCAGAGGAGAUCGGAACCAUAGGCGGAACAGGGGUCAGGCGUCUCGUAGUCAGUCGUACUCCAGUAGUUCUGAGCGUUCCUCGGCGGGCAGCAGCGCUUACAGUCGGCGCAGCCGCAGCUACUCCGACAGCUACAGCGACUACAGCGAUGGAGAACAUCGCAGCUCAAAAAGACGGUCUUCAGACUCGGAGUAUGAAAGGAGAAGCGGCGGGCGGUCACGCAGAAGGCACUACUCCUCCUCGUCUUCAGAAGAAGACUCUCGUUCGCGUUCACGCUCACACAGUCGCAGGAAGCACCGUAGACGAAGACAUAAUCGCAGCAGUAGCCGUAGUUACAGCCGAAGCAGUAGGAGUAGCAGCGAGCGCUCGUACAGACGAAGCAGCUACAGCCGCAGUCGCAGCUCAGGUAGUCGCUCCUCCAGAUCAACCAAAGCCUCAGCGCGUCACAGUCACAACCGACGUGCUGACAGCUCUGCGCGGCGAGGCAACUUUAACCGCGGUCGCAUCUACCGUUCGCAGUCCCCGAGGUCCUCCUCGUCCCGGGCACAGCCACGACACAACUCCACACAAGCAUCUAAAGGAAGUGCGGCAGGUACUUCAGACUAUCGUAACGCCGUUACAGCACGACAGCUGCUUGAAAAAAUCCAGUCCCGCAAGAGCGGAGCGGAUUCUGGGACGGGAAGUAAAGCUGGCAACAAAGUCAAGGACCCUCCACAAGGCUACUUUGGGCCGAAGCUACCCCCUAUUCUUGGGAGCAAGGGCAUAUUGCCUCUUUUUGGUAAGAUGCAAGCAGGGAAGAAACCAGCGUUACAUUCCCUAUUGCGGCUGGAUGAUAGGGAAAGGUUGGGGCAGGGGAAAGACUCUGAUUCGAGCAAUGAGGUAAUCCUCGUGGAGCCUAUUCGUGAGUUUCCUCCCCCACCUCCUCCGCCUCCUCCGCCAGCUCAUAAGCAGCAACAAAAGGUGGAGGAACCCGUUUCAAACGCUGCAGUUUCAGAGGAGACCACAAACCAGGCUUUAGAACAAGAAGGGCUUAAUGAGUCAUGUCCAGCGUUUGAACAUGAUUCAACAAACGUCGUGGUUCCCUACCAAGGAGAGCCUGGACAGGACCCCAACAACCCAAUCAUGGACGGUUGUUUAAUGGGGACUGAAAUGGCCCAGCAACCAACCAUGCAUGCAUAUCCUGGGUACCCCAUGGCUGGUAUGGAGGAGGAGGACAUGGGCAUGGGGUGUGAGGAGGAUGGCCUGGCACCAUUAGAGAGCCAGCCAAUCACGUUCACCCCAGAGGAGAUGGAGAAGUACAGCAAGUUACAGCAGGCAGCACAGCAGCACAUCCAGCAGCAGCUUUUGGCGAAACAGGUCAAGGCGUUCCCCUCAGCUGCUGCGGCCGCUGCAGCAGUCAACUUGGCUGCUGCUGCCAACCUUGCACCCGCGCCCCCUCCCCCACCCACCGCUUUGCAACAAAUCCACAUCCAGCAGCCCGCCAUAUCUGCUGCUUCAGCCACUUCUAUUACGACAGUGCAGCACGCCAUCCUGCAGCACCAUGCGGCUGCCACGGCAAUGGGCAUCCACGCUCACAACCCACAUCAUCCUCACCCUGCCCAUGCUCAGCUAGCCCAGGUACACCAUAUACCCCAACACCACCUUACACCUAUCUCCUUGUCACCUCUGGGCCACACCUUAGGUCACUCUCUAGGUCACUCUCUAGGUCACUCUCUAGGUCACACUCUAGGCCACUCUCUAGGCCACUCUCUAUGCCACUCUUUAGGCCACACAGGCCUGAUCCCUGCCCACCCUUCAGCCUUUCUUUCUGGCCAGCCUAUUCAUAUUAUCCCCGCCUCUGCCCUUCACCAUGCCCCAUUAGCUUUGCAUCACAUCCCACACGCAGCUCUUUACCCUACCCUCUUUGCGCCGCGACCAGCAGCCGCUGCCGCUGCGGCUCUGCAGCUGCACCCUCUCCUUCACCCGAUCUUCUCAGGGCAGGAUCUUCAACACCCACCCAACCACGGCUCCUGAGAUAUAGCCUGGCGUUUCUCAAUAGAGAACAAACCAGCAGUUUGAAAAGAGGACGGGAGGCAGCUCUGGGUCAUGAUCUUUUUCCAUCAAGCGUUUCUUCCUAGAGAGAACAUCAGUUGGACAGGUGAAUUAAUACAAUGCAGAAAUGCUAACAAAGAAAGUUUGGCUUACUUGAAGGCUGUGAAGAAUCCUGGCAGGACGUUGAUGUUUCAGCUGGUGGUAAAAGCAGGGAUGAUGUAUGAGGAAUAGUUUCCAAAACAGGAUAGGAUUAUGAGUUCAAAAUGUGUUUAUAUGCAAGUUUUACAGAUGAAAAACACCAAUGGAAUAUGUUUCCUGUAGUAAAUUAUAAAAGAUUAGUCUUAUUUCACCCCCUGCAGCCAGAGACUCACUGGCUGAAGCCAUAUUUUGAGUGUGAUCAGUGUUGACAGUAUAAACAAGAAGUCUUUUGUUGUCCUUUUAUUAUACUUAGUAAUUAAAUAGAAGUUACAGUUACUUGACUGUUGCUGUAUCAAAAUGUGGACAACAGUGCAAACCAAUAAUCAAUAGUUAAAAUAAACAUACUUUCUACUCUAAGAGAAUAACUUAACAGGAACAAGGAUUAUGUGAAAUGGAUUGAAGCCAUAUUUGUCAUACUUGAUACAAUAUGAAUUGAGAAGAACUGCUUCACACAACAGAACAAACGAAAACAUCCAAGUUACAUUGCUUUGGGUUUCCCUGACCUCCUGAUGGACCUGACUUGCACUGAAAAUGGACAAGAUGAUGCAGUUUGUGCAUCGUGUAAGAACUGUAUGAUUGUAGAAUUCUGCAAUAGUUUUAUUUUGUAUUUGAUUUUUAUUUAUUUUGCAGUAUUUGUUUUCCCCCCUUGUAAAAUUAGUUCAUUGUAAAUAAGUAUGAGAUUGUAAAAUAUGACACAUUUGUAACUGUUAAGUGAAUACAAAAAAUACGAAAUAACAAAGAUGAGCUAAAGAGUAAUAACCAGUUUGUUGUGGAUUGGUACUAGAGAGGGCUAUCCUGCUGUAACUGGGGUGGCCAUUGAGUAGGUCUACAACAAAGAGAGGCCUAAGUGUUGCAUAAUUCUUUUGGAAAUAAAUUGAACUAUAAACGGAGGCAACAAUAUCUACUUUUUUAUUCUUUAUUGAUGGAAAAUAAAGUUUUGAGAUCUCAGUGA